UCUCAAACAGCUACUCUCUCUCUAAAGUUUCUUCCUUUUUAUUAUUUUUGGCUUUCUUCCAUAGCCAAUUAUAGUAAACCAAAAAUCUGAGAUCUCAUCUCUCAUUCUCUCUCUGCUCCCUUAUAGAUCUCUUCUUAUAAACCCUUAACUUCUCAUGUGCCAUUAGCCUCGGGGUGCCGACACUUUCUUGGUCUGUUACCCUCUUCUUGCUAGUAUUUUAAGAAUUUGUGCUGAUAUAUUCUGGGGGGACGGCAAGGUGAACGGGUAGUUGUGGCUGGUGUGCCUCACAAAGGAUGUCCUUGUGAAAUGAGAUUUAUUGUUUAGUACUUAAGAGGUACUGAAUAUUAUUUUUAACCGAGGGCCCGUAAUCUGCAUAAAUGAUGAGAGGACGAUCUGAUGGAACGCAAAAGAAGCGUUUAAUAAUUUCUCUUUGUGUUGUGGCAAUCUUUCUUUGUUUUCUAUAUGCUUAUUAUGGAUCCAUCUUUGGCUCUCAAAGUCAUGGUGCAUCUGCAAUAGAAUAUGGUAGUAGAUCUUUGAGAAAGCUUGGAUACUUGGGUGGGGAUGACAGUUCUGAUGACAAGCAGGAAUCAUCAGCAAAAGUUUUUGAUGGAGAUGAUGGUAUUACACCAAAGAGUUACCCUGUUUGUGAUGGUCGGCAUUCAGAAUUAAUCCCAUGUUUAGACAGAAAUCUCAUAUACCAGAUGAGAUUGAAGCUGGAUCUGUCUUUGAUGGAGCACUAUGAACGACAUUGCCCUCCUCCAGAACGGCGGUUCAAUUGCUUGAUUCCUCCUCCACCAGGUUACAAGAUCCCAAUCAAGUGGCCAAAAAGCAGAGACCAAGUAUGGAAAGUAAACAUACCUCACACUCACCUUGCACAUGAGAAAUCAGACCAAAACUGGAUGGUUGUGAAAGGUGAAAGGAUAGAGUUCCCUGGGGGAGGCACACAUUUUCACUAUGGAGCUGAUAAGUACAUUGCUUCAAUUGCAAAUAUGCUCAACUAUUCAAACAAUGUUUUGAACAAUGGAGGAAGAUUAAGAACAGUUCUUGAUGUUGGCUGUGGAGUGGCAAGUUUUGGAGCAUAUCUUCUUUCAUCUGACAUCAUUACAAUGUCCUUAGCACCAAAUGAUGUGCAUCAAAACCAGAUCCAGUUUGCUCUAGAGAGAGGGGUUCCCGCUUAUCUUGGUGUUUUAGGGACCAAGAGGCUUCCGUAUCCAAGCAGAUCUUUCGAGCUUGCACACUGUUCUCGUUGUAGGAUUGAUUGGCUUCAAAGAGAUGGGAUUCUUCUUCUUGAGCUAGAUAGGUUACUGAGACCAGGAGGUUAUUUUGCCUACUCUUCUCCCGAAGCCUAUGCACAAGAUGAAGAGGAUCUAAGGAUAUGGAAAGAGAUGAGUGAUCUUGUGGGUCGCAUGUGCUGGAGGAUAGCUGCAAAGAAGAAUCAAACUGUCAUUUGGCAAAAACCACUAACAAAUGACUGUUAUAAGCAAAGGGCACCUGGUACUUGGCCACCACUAUGCAAAACUAAUGAAGAUCCAGAUGCAACUUGGGGUGUCUUGAUGGAACCUUGCAUCACGCCAUACUCAGACCAUGAUGAUAAAGUUAAGGGCAGUGGAUUGGCUCCUUGGCCGGCAAGAUUGACUGCUCCUCCUCCAAGACUUGCUGAUUUUGGCUAUUCAAAUGAUAUGUUUGAAAAGGACACGGAACUUUGGCGACGAAGAGUGGAGAGGUAUUGGGAUUUAUUGAGUCCAAAGAUCGAAUCAAACACACUGAGGAACAUAAUGGACAUGAAAGCAAGCAUGGGGUCCUUUGCAGCUGCUCUGAAGGCUAAGGAUGUUUGGGUGAUGAAUGUUGUCCCCGAAGAUGGCCCAAACACACUUAAGCUCAUAUAUGACAGAGGUCUAAUAGGCUCUAUCCACAACUGGUGUGAAGCCUACUCAACAUACCCGCGAACAUACGAUUUACUCCAUGCUUGGACUGUGUUCUCUGACAUGGAGAAAAAGGAAUGCAGUCCCGAGGAUCUGCUGAUUGAGAUUGAUCGCAUUCUCAGACCAAGUGGUUUCUUAAUUAUCCGAGACAAACAAUCGGUGGUAGAUUUCGUGAAGAAGCAUCUAACAGCGCUCCAUUGGGAAGCAGUGGCGACGGGCGAUUCCAGUUCAGAUUCGGAGCAAGAUGUGGGAGAUGAGGCUGUUUUUGUUAUCCAAAAGAAAAUAUGGCUGACCAGUGAAAGUGUCAGGGAUACAGAAUAAGAAAGAAUACAACCAACAAACCCUCAAUUGCUUUGCUUUGUUACAUUGUGUGCUGCUCCAAGGGAUUAACAAAACAGUGUCAAUAUCCCCAGCAAGCAGUGCUGUGGUAAACAAUUCCAUUUUGUAGCUUUUUUUUUUCUUUCUUUGUUAUAAUGAUUUUUUUUACUUGAAAGCUAUAUGGACUAUGAUCAUCAUCAAUAGGUUAUUCUUCAGAUUUUAAUUUUAGACAUGUUUUGAAGUUAUUGUAAGCUACUCAAUCUAUGAAAUAUUAAUUUAAUAAUCAAAAUUAUAUACAUGUAUUGCUGAA